UAUAUAGUUGUAGAGUUGUGUUGGUAACUGCUGUUGAAUAAAUAUAAUUCAAUGUUGUGGCCACAAACGUAUUUAAACCAUUAAAAAAAGGCCCAUUUUAGCUUUUCUUCAUGCUAUUUCAAAAUAGGCUUUUUUAACUAAGAGGGAAAAGGUAAAGAGUGAAAUAGCAUUGACGGAAAUGAAAGUAACACAUACAUGUAUUCCAAGACGCAUGAACACUUAAACUGACUAUAAAUAGAGAUGAUAAGUCUAAGAAGUUCUUGUGUCUUUUUUUUAUUGAGAAAGGCGGUGAGUGGAAGACGAUCGAGACAUUCAGAUCACAGCCUGAGUGAAAAAUACCAAACAUUACAUCUUGAACACAGAGUUAUAGCGCCUGAAUAGGAUUUUCAUCUUCAUCAUGAUCAUCAUCUAUCUGGUCCUGUUGGGAUUUCUACUUCCACACUUGAGCUUCUCUGCCAGUGUGAAGGUGGGUAUAGUGAAUGGCACUGAAGCACGACCUCACUCCAGACCUUACAUGGUUUCUAUUCAGAAGGAUGGAAGACAUGUCUGUGGUGGAUUCCUCAUUUCUUCUCAAUUUGUCUUGACUGCAGCUCAUUGCAAAAGCGAUGGAGCUUUGACAGUUUUGGCAGGUGUACAUGACUUAACAAAGAAAGGAGAUACUAUGCGCUUUUGUGUGAAGUCCUAUUACCAGCAGGCUGACCUCAUGAUUUUAGAGGUGGCAAAUGUGAAGCUUAUGAGUGAUGAUGUCUGUCAACGUCAAUGGGGCCAGGAGUACUUAAAUUCACAGAUGAUGUGUGUGUAUGGCUAUGGAGGAUCCUGUAAAGGGGAUUCAGGAGGUCCUUUGGUUUGUGGCGACACAGCAGUGGGUGUUACGUACUUUGUUAGCAUGUACAACUGCAACGAUCCGGAUCGUUUUAAUGUUUAUACAAAAAUUUCAGCAUUUCUUUCAUGGAUCAAGAAGAUAACUAGAAGAUCUGACUGAGUUGAAAAAGACUAGACUGCAGAUUAGAGAUUAGACUGCAGCGAAUACAAUUGUAAACAAUUUGUCCCUGUUAUGUCACAGAGUUGGACGUGUUUAAUGGUUGAAUUUAUAUGAAUUUCUUCAGAAAUGUACUUUCUGUUAAAAAAUGCAUUUUGUUGACUGAAAAUGAAUGUUUUGUCUUCUUACUUUUUUUCACGUUCAAACAUGCAUGCACAACUAUACACAGAGAAAGUGAAACAGAAGUCUAUGCAGGCCAAACUGUAAAUCCUAAAUGAUUUUUAACAAAAUGCUUUCAAUGACCACAUUGACCCAACAGGACUCCUGAGAUUUGCAGAAGGAAUAUUUCAUUUUGUGCUAAAGUUUUCAAAAUCUUUAGGCCUACGAUCAAAUUUGCCAUCAGGCUGUUUUGAAUGUGUUUUUUGGAAGCAGCGUGUUAGCAUUUGAAAAAUAUGCUGAAAUGAUUAAUUGUUUCGCAGGUGAUGGAGAAUGAAUGACAAAAUAGUUUUGUUAAGUGUACAGUAUCAUUGAAUGCGUUUUGUGUGAAACCAAUGAAAAACGAAUAACAGUUUGGCGUGCAUAGACUUCUUUUCUUCAGACCUUCAGUAUUGACCGAUGCAUGUUACAUGUAGCAACCGAGGAAAAAUACUGUGAACACAAGUCUAAGUUACAGACUUAUCUGUGUUAACCACAAAUGUUAAAGACUAUUUACUCAAAAAAUGUGCAACUUAAAAUAAAUCUAUACAAUUUGUCUUUACUAUUAAACAAAGUCAUAACACACACAGACACAAAGAUAUUUAGAGUAAUUAUAACGACAAUAGACCUAUUUCACAGUGUGACGUGUACAAACCGGAAGUGGG